GGGCGGGGUCUGUGGGCGCCGACGGGGCGGGCGGCGGCGGGCGCCACGUCGGCAGCGAGCAAAGGCGCAGGAGUGAAGUCUGCAGCAGAGUCCGGCAGUGACCGCCGCGCGGUGUAUGCAGAGUACUUCUGUGAAAACAACUAACUAGAAAUCUUCACAAAGGAGUAUAUUGGCAGGGAAUGUGAAAAGGAACCUCCCUUAGGAUCCACUGCAGCCUGGUGACCAGGGGACUCUAUUGCAAAGUGGGAUAUACGAGCUUGGAUCUUAAUAGACAAAGGAGACAUUGAAUUGCAGGCAAUAAUGAAUCAAACAGACAAAAAUCAACAGGAAGUCCCAUCAUGCCUUCAUGAUGAACCACCAGAAGGUUCACUAAAAGACCACCCGCAGCAGCAGCCUGGCAUGCUUUCUCGCGUGACUGGUGGCCUUUUCAGUGUCACAAAGGGAGCUGUUGGUGCCACGAUUGGAGGUGUUGCUUGGAUUGGAGGAAAGAGCUUGGAAAUUACCAAAACAGCUGUCACGUCUGUGCCUUCGAUGGGAGUGGGGCUUGUCAAAGGAAGUGUUUCUGCUGUAGCUGGAGGUGUUACAGCUGUAGGAUCUGCUGUGGCAAGUAAAGUGCCUUUAACAGGAAAGAAAAAGGAUAAGUCUGACUAAAACAAAAACUGAGACAUGCUCGAUUCUCCAGAAUACUACAUCAGAGGCAUUAAAAUCUGCUAAGAUUUGGACCAUGAGAAGCCAUGUGUCUUAGACACUUUAUCUUCUACAGAGUUGUGCAAGUAACUCCAUUUCAUCUGAAAAGGCCAGAAGCAGCUUGGCUAGCACAGCUCAGGAAGAUUUAUUAGGACCUAGAUUGAAGAUUUGUAUCUGGUGAAAUGUUACACUUGUAACUAUAGAAGUGAGUAACUGUAUCUGAAGGGAUAAUAUGUAUUUGAAUAUUCAUUUACUGUAAGUCUUUUGCAGUUUUGGACUAAAAUGUGAACACAAACUUGGUAGUCUCUGCCAUACCAUCCGUAUGACGAGAUGCCAUUUACUGUUCUCAGUGGUUUCCACAUCCUCGUGAUAAGGAUGCUUCAACUGUGUAACAGCAUUGUUGGAGUACCCAA